UACUGAGAAGGAGAAGAAGAUUUGAAGAUUACUUUCGUUCCGUAAAAAAUGCGCAAAUGUUAAUUGUUCAUAAAAAGGCGAACAACACGCGACAUGCCAUCUGAUUGAUAUCGACAACGACCGUGUACUCAACCUUCCCAGUAUGGCGGCUUUUACUGGUCAUGGUGAAAUGAGUGCAGAGGUGUAGGACUGGUGCUUCUGUUCCGCCACUCUGUACCUCCACCACCCACUGCUGUAGGAGAGAGCUGUUUCCAGAAACCUUACUUUAAACGUUUGUACCUGGUAGAAGAUUAUUUUGAAUAGCCAGCUAACCAUGGCAACAGUCCGCUGCCCGAGGUACUCUCUGCACUGGGAGGAAACUGAUUGCCUGAGUUACUAUGACCUGCUGUCUCUUCAUGAAGUGUUUGAAAUUGUCGGCUCCCAGCUGACAGAGACUGAUGUUGAAGUUCUGUCAUUUCUUCUUGAUGAAACAUAUCCUGGGAAGCACCCUCUUGAUCCAGAGGGAUGGACAGAGGACAUUUCCCCAGACCCUUCCAUGCCCCUGAAUCCCCCGUGCCCUCGGCUCUUGGAAGCUUGGCGUUGGGUACGUCCACGGGCCGACCUUUGCCAUACUGCCAACCAACACAGACCGAAGAGUGGCGUUGAGAUGCUGCUCGAACUGGAGAGGCGAGGCUUUUUAAACGAAGGGAACCUGGAACCUUUGUUACAGCUUCUUAGAAUUCUUACACGACAUGAUCUCUUGCCUUUUGUGUCCAGCAAAAAAAGAAGAACAGUGUCACCUGAGAGAGAAUCCAUGAACUAUACAGAUGUGGAAAGCAGAGAACGCAUACUCUCUAGUUCACACACAGACCCAACAUCUCUGGAAAACACACACACCUCUCAGUUGAGGACAGGUGUUGGCUCAGACAUUACAGCAACUGCCCCCUCCCGAAGAAAACGGGGGAGAGGGUGUGGCCGGACCAGGGGGCGUGGCUGGAGCAGAAGGCCCACGGACACGUCAGAAAUUCCGCCUCAGCCUGCACCUAAUAAAGUGACCUGCGACAUCCGGCUGCGUGUGCGGGCGGAGUACUCCGAGCAUGAGUCGGCCCUGCGUGGGCGUGUCUCCUCGGACAAGCAGCAGCUGCUUGAGCGCCAGUUUGAGCUGUUCAGCCGGGCCAGCCUGCUGCUGCGCGCCCGGGACCUUGGCUCCAUCGUCUGCGACAUCAAGUUCUCCGAGCUGGCCAACCUGGAUGCCUUCUGGGCCGAUUACCUGAGCGGGGCGCUCCUUGAGGCGCUCAAGGGCGUCUUCAUCACGGACUCGUUGAAGAGGGCAGCAGGGCAGGAAGGUGUGCGGCUGCUGGUCAGCGUGGACCAGGACGACUAUGAGGAGGGCCGGAGACUUCUGCUCAGCCAGCAGGAAGCUGGCAACGUGAGUGGCAGUACGUGGAGUUCCUGAGAAAAGUCAUGGAUGCCAAGAUGAAGAAAAUCUUCCCCCGAGUUAUUGUACAGGCAAUAAAAAAGGAGGGGCUGUGAAGAGACGCGAUAGAGCAUUUUGGAUUGAUGUAUGACUGAAAUGAAAACAGACACUUUCCCAGCAGAGGUUGCUAGCUGAAGGAACCACGUAGUUUGCAAUUAUUUGCGGAGCCAUGUAGUCUCUGUUCCUGAUACCAGUCAGAACAAGUGCACACAUGGCCACCCCACACAAACUUUCACCUGUGUAAGCUUGUUACAGCUUCCUGUGGCACCAGUCAUUUCUGCAUUACAGUAUAAUAACUGCCCUUCUGUUUAUGUUGAGUCUGUAUUUGACUUUUAUGUUAAUGAGUUUAAGGAUGGGUGAACAUUGUCCUUGAUGUAAGUUUGCUGUAGAUCAAUAGAUGAUGGACAGCUAAGAUGAGUAAGAAACGUGGCAUGUGUCCUUAAGAACCAUCGGUCAUUCCUAAAAUGUCCAAUGGACCCCAUAUUCACCCCUAAAGCUAUUCAAUCUGCCGCCAUUAUUACCAAAACAUACCCAAAUAUGCCGACACAAGCGUGCGGUCUGUUUUCUACGAGCGGGAGAAUACAUUUGAGCUUUCGCGUAAAACCGAAUUAGUCUAGGAGGUGCGUUAUCUCAUGUGUUAGAUAAUGAAGGGCCCCGUGUAGCGUAACGUAUGCCUGCCAUACACCAGCGUUACGAAGCCCCAAUCCACCAUGACUCGGCGGCCUGAUGAGGGACGAGCGACGGUCCACGAGUCCAUAAGAACCGAGAAAACGCUGAAAGAGCAAAAGAGAAGAGCGGAGGUCCUCUAGACCUGACGGCAACCACACUGGGCCAUUAUAGGAUUUUUUAUUAUAUAUGGGUGAAUACAUACUUAUUGUCUUUAUAUAUUGUUUGAAGAAAUUCCAAAAAAAAAAAAAAAAAAAAGUUCAAUGG